AUGUCUGAAUAUGAGUACACCCCCAGCUCGGGGUCUUCAUCCCCCUCGCCCAGCAACCACCAGCAACCCACAACCGGCAAACGACGCCCCAUCCCAAGAAAAGGCCACACCAAGUCCCGGGCAGGUUGCCCAAACUGCAAGCGACGAAAAGUCAAAUGUGACGAGGUGACGCCCUUCUGCGGACCAUGUAAGCGGCUAGGACUUGAGUGCGAGUACCCUCAGACGAGGGGAGCACAUCGGAGUGAAGCGCAACAACGAGCGGCGAUCGUGGUGACAUCGCCGAUUCCUCAGCCGUUGUCUAUGCAUCCCGGGUCUUUUGGGUUUACCGACUUGCGCUUCUUUCAGCAUUUUCUUAUCUCUGCGUUUCCGCCGUUACCUGUGGGCGGGAGACGGGUGUGGCAGUAUAUUUCACAGAUGUCGCAUGAGUACGACUUUUUAAUCCAUUCGAUGCUGGGACUUGGUGCCUCGCAUCUGAGCUUGCUUUCUCCAGGGGAUUUCAAGCACUCUGCUCUGCAGCAUAGAGUGACGGCCAUAGAGAGACUAAACAAGUUCCUGUCGAAGCCGAAGCUGUCUAUUCCCGAUACUGAGGCGGCGUUUGCUGCCAUUCUGACUCUUACUUUUCAGGCGGCGCAUAUGCCAGAUGGCCUUAUAGAUUUCCUCACCAUGACCCGUGGAUGCUUUCUAGUCGGUACACAUGUGGUAGAUGAUCUCGAAAACUCGACAUUCAAAACAUUCGAAAGAGACGUCUACAUUGAAAAAGCAUCCUGGGUAGCGGCAUCAGACGAGCAGCGCCUCCCACUACUAGACGAAUCCAUCGCAGACGGCUUCUGCACCAGUCUCGAACAGCUCGGCCCCUUGUGCCACAGCGUGAUUGACAUUGAACAUAUUGCCAUGAUGCGCCGAAUAGUCACAUCUGCCACCACUAAUCUCUACGAAUGUUUCCGGGAGCAUUCCUUCCUCCACGAAAAAGCUGGCCGUUUAUCAGCCGCAGAAUUCGCCUCCUUCAUCGACCCGAACAAUCAUAUCGCGCGCCUAGUCAUUGUCCACAUGCUCCUCCUCGACAUCAUCAUGAGCCGCACAAUCUGCGCGUGGGAGGAAGGACCAGAGGUAGCCUUCCACGAGACGCGGCAUCGUUACGACGCCCGCAAUGUCAUGGCCCUUAUGUGGAUGCAGAAUAUUCACGAUACGCUGCCGGAAAUGUAUCGGCCGUAUAUCGAGUGGCCGCUUAGCUUCUCAAAGUACAUGAAAACUACGUUUAGGGCGGAUACGAGUUUCUGGAAAUUUAGUGCUACUGACGAAGGGUUGGCGCCGCAGCCACUGCAGCUCGAUGGUAGUGAGAUUGGAAGUGAUUUCAUGUUAUAG